AUGGCGGAGGACCUCCGCGGCCUCGCGAAGACGCAGAACCCGGUGCUCGGCUACUUCGACCCGCUCAAGCUCGGCGACCAGGACUUUUGGGACCAGGGCAACGACGCCACCGUCGGGUUCCUCCGCCAUGCUGAGAUGAAGCACGGCCGCGUUGCGAUGGCGGGAUUCGUGGGAUAUUGCAUCCACGAGAACGGGAUCCGCUGGCCGUGGGCGCUCUCGACCUCCCUGCCCGACUACUCCUCCUUCGACGGCCUCUCCGCGCCCGCCGUCUGGGACGCCACGCCGCAGGCACACCCCCUCCCUCCCUCGGCGCAGGGCGCGCGCCUCCAGAUCCUGCUCAUCAUCGGCUUCUUCGAGUUCUGGUCCGAGUCGGCGUACGUGCUGGAGCAGGACGGCACCAAGCACUACAUGCGCGGCGGCAAGCCGGGCUACUUCCCCACCUUCAAGGAGAUCCCGCACCCGGUGCCGCUCAACCUCUUCGACCCGUUCGGCUUCACAAAGAAGCUGUCCGCCGAGCAGAAGGCCAAGAAGCUCAACAUCGAGGUCAACAACGGCCGCCUCGCCAUGCUCGGCCUCUUCUCGCUCAUCUCGGAAGCCAAGGUGCCGGGCGCCGUCCCGGCCCUCGCCGGCAAGAUCAAGCCGUACGACGGCGAGGUCAUGGCGCCCUUCUCGGCGGCCGACGCGAACCUGCCGUACGUCGGCGACAUGAUCACCUUCGGCAAGGGCCUCUUCGCCGCCACCGGCAACUGA